AUGCCGGGGCACGUUCAUCAUGCGGCACUACCCGUCGUUAAGCGACAUUAUACAAUGAGAAAGUCACCUUAUCUCGUUUCACUCAUCUUCUUACUGGCAGCAACUACCUUGACUCUGCUGAAUAUCUACAUCCCAAGCCUAUUGCAUGUUAUAGUCAAAACACCAGGUCCUACCCAAUUCGAAACCAGAUACGGGCUUUACAGGAGAUGUACACGUUCAACACCAGUACCCAAUGCAGCAUUCCUUCUACCCUCUCAUCCGCCAUCCACACCUGAAGAUCAAACAUUCAAUGGAUGGGAUCUGGGUCCUAUCAAUGGACCUAUUUAUGGAGACGGUGAUGGUUGGGUAUGCCAAUCUUUCCCCACUAGAUCGGAAUGUCAACAAUUUGGCGAGAAGUUCUGUGUACUUUGGUCAACUGCAGGAUAUUCAGCUCAACUAUCUUUAGUACCUUGUUUAGCAAGUUUGAUUAGUUUAUUGUUCAUCUUCCUCCAUCGAGGUCAACGAACAGCUAGAGCUAAAGCUCGAAGGCAGCAAUGGAAGCUUGUAUCAGGAACCAUGAUCAUUCAUUGCAUCCUUCAAAUCUUGUCUAUUGCCUUGAUUCUACACGUGUUUAGAACAGAUGAAAGAUUCGAAGCUAAAGGAAGUCAUCUUGAUCAAUCAUUCUACUACGGAGUCAGCUCAGCCAUUGUUUCAGGAAUUAUGGCGUUACUUUUGACAUUCACUGCUUUGGCUGCUCGUGCGGGUAAAGAAUGGGCUGCAGGGAAAUCAGCCAAGAAGGCUAAGAGACAUCGAAGAACUCGAUCUGGAAGACUAAUUCCCGUACCUCCAGGGACCGAGAUCCCUCCUGAGGAAGUCGUCACCGUUGGAGAGGUCAGAGCUGCCCAAGAUGCAGUUAGCGAAAGGACUGGUUUGUUAGACGGUCAUGAAGGUGAUGUUGCUGGUGGAAGAGGCGGUGAAAGAGCUACGGACAAUAGUGUAUAA